AUUAUUGUGCUGUAAUUGAGUGAUUAUUCGAGCUGAAAUGCGUUCAAAUAAACAACAAAACAGUGAUAAUGCAACGGGAAGAUUUCUGCCUCCUUCGAUGAACAGCUAUAAACAGCAUCUAGCAGCAGUGAAAUCAUUUCUGCCGGACAGACUCACACAGAGACCAUUUGAUUUGAGGUUUUCAAAAGAACUGAAAAAAGCUCUGUAUGUGGACUCUACGAAACCAAACCCAUCCAGAACUGACAGUCACGUGAAUAAGGGAGUCAGGCGGCUCCGUGCUCCUGUACUGUCUUGCGAGAGUAAGUUAGUGAGGCAGGAGCUCUGUCUCUUUCCUCUUCCUGUAGCACUUCCUGUUGGGAUGGUGGGGGAUCUGGGGCACCAGGCGUACAGAGUGAAGCCCCGCAGGGCCACUGGCAGCGCAAGGGCCACAUACUCACAGAGUAAUGCCACAUUCACUCAUAUGCAUGGUGUCACAAGAAGUCUGCGUGAAAAUUCUGCUCCAAGUUUUCCCUCCACAUUCAGCUUCAGAGACGACAUUGCCUCCAGCCCAGAGAGAUUAGAUCUGGACCGGCAUGGUUUGAUGGAGCUCCCUGAUCUGAAAGGAGGUGAUAAACUGCGUCUGCUCAACCUGCAACACAACCUCAUCUCACACCUGCACGACCUGCCUCACCUGACACGCCUUGUGUUCCUCGAUCUCUAUGACAACCGCGUGAUUGACAUGUCUGGCAUCGCUUCCCUUACCUUUCUGCGUGUGCUGCUACUCGGAAAGAACAGAAUACAAAGAAUUUGUGGUGUGGACAGACUCACUAAACUUGAUGUUCUGGACUUACACAGUAAUCAGAUCUGUCAAAUUGAGAAUUUGUCUGGCUUGUUAGAGCUUCGUUUGUUGAAUUUAUCAGGAAACCGCAUCUCUAGAGUGGAGAAUCUACAGGGUCUGAACUCUCUGACAGAACUCAACCUGCGACACAACUGCAUCACAACAGUGACGGAUGUGGAGCAUCUUCCUCGUCUGCAGCGUGUGUUUCUGAGCGCUAACAGCAUCAGCAGAUUGGAUGAGCUGGCCUGUCUGCGGGACUGUCGCUCUCUCAGUGAAUUGAGCAUUGAUGGGAAUCCUGUAGCAUUGGAGUCAUGCUACAGACUGACUGUGCUGCGCUGCUGCUCGCCACACCUACAGCUGCUCGACAUGAAGCGCGUCACCGAGGAGGAGAGACGCACCGCGAGUGUUUCAGCACGAAAGGAGGAUGAGAAGAAAAAAGAGACUCACAAACAGACUGCACACAAGGAAAGGCGGCGACUCGCAAUCCAAAAUGCGGCGCAGCAGUGGGAGGGGCUAAAAGCAUGUCCAGAGCUUCCGGCUCAGAAUGGUGCAAAGGACGACGUCAGUCCAGACAAUAGCCCCACCCACAGCCCCGCCCAGACCAAUGGGAAUGCUCAGGAGACCUCGCCGGAUGAGCCCAGACGCUUGAGUCCACUAACAAUUUCAACUGGAGGGAGUGAAACCAGGUUACGAUCAAUAAGUCGACCAAACAGCCCCAGAGACCCCAGGCUACAGGACAGCGGUGUACCGAGCGUUCAGAGUCUGUCCUUGUCUGACAGUCAUCUGGCUGAGUUGGAUGGUGAGACGCUGCGUCUGUUUGGCCCUGGGGCCCUGGAGACUUUAGAGCGCUGCUGGGGCAUCCAGACGGCUGCUAGUGUCACCACUGUUGUGUUCCGAUAUAUUCACUUUGACUCCAUCAUUCCAGCAUUCCUGCGUAUCCGACUCAAAUUCCCAAACCUGAUGCAUCUGAUCUUCAUGGAGACAAACAUCACUCAUCUUCUUCAGCUGGCUGCUCUAGCUCAGAUCAGACGUCUAGAUCAGAUCAGUGUUCUUCCAGAGGGGAACCCUGUGGUGGGACUGAUGCUCUGGAGAUCUUUCCUCAUCUACAGACUUCAACAUCUCAACCUGCAGAAGAUCAACGGCACUGAGGUAACUAUGAAUGACAUGAUGGCGUCAGAGCGGAUGUUCGGCACUUUGGGUCACGUAGCUGCUACAGAAACACCUCGCUGUCGCCUACUGCUACUGCUGGAAGAGUCCAGGAAGCGCCAGCUGCAGUUUCUGUUGGACGGUCGCGGUCGCAGGAGUGGUCAGAGUCCAGAGGAACUAAAGGAGAAUGGAAAACAGUUGGGAGACGGUUUGAGUCGAGCACUUUUCAACUACCCCAGCAGAGUCAACGACAGCACUGAGGAGGGCAGCAGUGAUGUGCUGGAUCGCUCUGUGAUGGUGGAUCAGUAUCUGAAGGGUUUGAUUCAGAGAGCAUCCAGUGUCAGUGUUAAGGGAGACACACUGCAGAAGAUCUGGCCGUCACUCUUCACUGAGUUGGUGAGAGACAGUGUGCUGGAGAUGAAAGACAGACAGGUCUACAGAGAGACUUGCCUCAACCGCCUCACCCAGAGAGACAUGAAAUGAAAGAUUCUAUAUACACCUCAUCCAACAACAACAAACCGAUGGAGAGCAGUGUACCGAGAGCGAAUCUUGGAUUCGUUCAGGACAGUUUCCAUGUGAUCUCCACAGAGGUUCUUUUUAAAGCCUAACUGUUGUAGGUGUUCUUUACUGAAUUUAUACAGUCCUCUCAACAUUUUUGUCAGUGAAUUUCUUCUCCUGUAGGCCAGUAACUUUCAGACUUAGUCCUUAUUGACUUCUGAUGGUGCUCCAAACCCCUAGAUGAAAGCCAGUCUGAUUUCUGCUCAUCCUGUCUGUCACGCUGGGUUAGUGUGGAGCUUUUCUGUUUGAAUGUUUUUUAAAGCAUUUUUCCUUUUCUUUUUGUCUUGAAUUUUAUAAAAUCUAGCUAAAAGCCACUGCUUUCUUCACUACCAUUAAUUCAAGUUUUAUAUGUUACUGAUUAUUAAAAAGAAGUUAUA